AAGUUUUAGAACAUAUAUCCUUAAAUCUUUAAUUCACCUGGAAUUGUUCUUUUGUAUGGUGUGAGGAAAUGUGGGACAUGUGGAUUUGGGAUAUGAAUUCAUUUGAAAAACCACUUUGGGGUUAUGAACGUGAUUUCUGAUGAAACUGGAUUGGAAUAAUUUUCAUGAUCUUUGUAUAUUUAUAUAUAUAUAUAUUUUAAAAUUUUGCAUUUGACUUAAGUGCCAUGAGAAAAUUUGCAUAUUGCAAGGUGGUCCUAGCCACCUCCUUGAUUUGGGUACUCUUGGAUAUGUUCCUGCUGCUUUACUUCAGUGAAUGCAACAAAUGUGAUGAAAAAAAGGAGCGAGGACUUCCUGCUGGGGAUGUUCUAGAGCCAGUACAAAAGCAUCAUGAAGGUCCUGGAGAGAUGGGGAAACCAGUCGUCAUUCCUAAAGAGGAUCAAGAAAAGAUGAAAGAGAUGUUUAAAAUCAAUCAGUUCAAUUUAAUGGCGAGUGAGAUGAUCGCACUCAACAGAUCUUUACCAGAUGUCAGGUUAGAAGGGUGUAAGACAAAGGUGUAUCCAGAUAGUCUCCCUACAACAAGUGUGGUGAUUGUUUUCCACAAUGAGGCUUGGAGCACACUUCUGCGAACCGUCCACAGUGUCGUUAGCCGCUCACCAAGACACGUGCUACAAGAAAUUGUCCUAGUAGAUGACGCCAGUGAAAGAGACUUUUUGAAAAGACCUCUAGAGAGUUACGUGAAAAAAUUAAAAGUACCAGUUCAUGUAAUUCGAAUGGAACAGCGUUCUGGAUUGAUCAGAGCUAGAUUAAAAGGAGCUGCUGUGUCUAAAGGCCAAGUGAUCACCUUCUUAGAUGCUCACUGUGAAUGUACAGUGGGAUGGCUGGAGCCUCUCUUAGCAAGGAUCAAACAUGACAGGAAAACAGUGGUCUGUCCUAUCAUUGAUGUGAUCAGCGAUGAUACUUUUGAGUACAUGGCAGGCUCUGAUAUGACCUAUGGUGGCUUCAACUGGAAGCUCAAUUUCCGCUGGUAUCCAGUUCCCCAAAGAGAGAUGGACCGAAGGAAAGGUGAUCGGACUCUUCCAGUCAGAACACCUACAAUGGCAGGAGGCCUUUUUUCAAUAGACAGAGAUUACUUUCAGGAAAUUGGAACAUACGAUGCUGGAAUGGAUAUUUGGGGAGGAGAAAACCUAGAAAUUUCCUUUAGGAUUUGGCAAUGUGGAGGAACUUUGGAGAUUGUCACCUGCUCACAUGUUGGACAUGUGUUUCGGAAAGCCACACCUUACACGUUUCCUGGAGGCACAGGACAGAUUAUCAAUAAAAAUAACAGACGACUUGCAGAAGUGUGGAUGGAUGAGUUCAAGAAUUUCUUCUAUAUUAUUUCUCCAGGUGUUACAAAGGUAGAUUAUGGAGAUAUAUCAUCAAGACUUGGUCUGAGACACAAACUACAAUGCAAACCUUUCUCUUGGUACCUAGAGAAUAUUUAUCCUGAUUCCCAGAUUCCACGUCACUAUUUCUCUUUGGGAGAGAUAAGAAAUGUGGAAACAAAUCAGUGUCUAGAUAACAUGGCUAGAAAAGAGAAUGAAAAAGUUGGAAUUUUUAACUGUCAUGGUAUGGGAGGUAACCAGGUUUUCUCUUAUACUGCCAACAAAGAAAUUAGAACAGAUGACCUUUGCUUGGAUGUCUCCAAACUUAAUGGCCCAGUCACAAUGCUCAAAUGCCACCACCUAAAAGGCAACCAACUUUGGGAGUAUGACCCAGUGAAAUUAACCCUGCAGCAUGUGAACAGUAAUCAGUGCCUGGAUAAAGCCACAGAAGAGGAUAGCCAGGUGCCCAGCAUAAGAGACUGCAAUGGAAGCCGGUCCCAGCAGUGGCUUCUUCGAAAUGUCACCCUUCCAGAAAUAUUCUGAGACCAAAUUUACAAAAAAAAGAAAGAAAAAAAAAAAAAAAAUAAGGAUUGACUGGGCUACCUCAGCAUACAUUUCUGCCACAUUCUUAAGUAGCAAAAAAGGAAAAGUGCUUUCCUCCUGCGGGGAUGUAAGGUUUAUCAGCCAUUAAAACUUGGACUCCUCUCGCUUUUCACUAGCUGUGAACCAGCCGCCUUGUCUAAGGACGUGAAACUACAUAGUAGCGAGACGUGCACACUGAUGUUUACAAGAUUGAAAGAGUCUCCCAUCAAGAAUCAUGGUAAAGAAUAUUCAGACAAUGAAGCAAUCAACAAAAUGUGCUUUCCAGAGCUGCACCUUGUACAGUUUGCUUGCACAUCAGUAACUGCUACUGAAUGUGCUGUCAUAAUGAAGAGAUUUCCAGGAUUUUUUUUCUGAUUAGAACUGGUAACCAGUAUAUUAAAUAUUGUUAUAAAAAUAAGUGAAAAAGAACUGGAACCAGUUUCAGAAUCAUGAAAACAACAUUUUUACAAUUUAAGAAGAAACUAUAUUAAACAGGGUUUAAAGGAAAUUAAAACAGAACUAUGAGAAGUACAAUUUGUUAUAGUAUAGUAUCAAAUUUCUAUAUAGAUUUUAUACCUCAGUGGGGAAAAAUAACUGAUUCCAAUGACAUUCAUUUUCAUCUGUGAUAGUCAUGGAUGCUUUUUUUUUUUCCUUGGGGUGCUGAAAUUGAGCUGAAAAAAAUGGCUCUUUGAACGUAGUUUUAAUUGCUUUCUUCAAGUUUUUUUAUUUGGUUUAUGGGUUGUUGAAUUGUAAUUUUUAAUUGCCUUCAAAGAAUGAAGAUUUAAAAUGUCCGGUCUCACUGAACACGUUAGAUCUCUCAGUUGCUCUUGGAUCAAGUGGCUUAUAGACUUUCACACACACAAAUUUAUUAGAUUUUAAACUUCUUAACUUGAUUCAGCUGAUUAUGCUUAAUACCCAAGAUUCAUACUACUGUACUACAGAUUUAUUUUCGCAGCAAUAAAUCUUCAGUUCUUUAUGAUUUCACUCAA